CGGAAAGCAUCAUUCUUUAGAAAAAUACAAAAAGACUUGUUUCCAUAUCUCUGUUGUUGUUGUAAUAAGUUGCAAUGUCUGAGGAGAAUAUUUCACAAGUUGAUGACAAGUGUUGUUUGGAUGAUGCAAACCCAAUGGAGAUCUAUGUGGAGGCUAUCCCUGUAGUGAAUGACGAAGUUCAAGGAGAUGAUGUUCUUCUUCCAGCUGCAGAGACCAAUCAUGCGAAUUUGAGGCGGUAUUCGACAGAUAAAAAGACAGGCAAAGCUCAGGUUCAAACCCGUUACCGUGGGAACCAAACGAGUUCAACUCAUGAUCUAUGUAAACAUGGGAAGAGGCGUGAGGAAGACUUGGUGAUCAAACCGUGGAAGUUGGUUAAGAAAAAGAAUGUUGAAAGUAGUGGAGAGUUGGAAAAAGGUGAUACUUUGAGGAAGUCAUUUGGAAAUGUUUCUAAACCGGACAAGCCAUCAUUGCAGGUUGCAAAGAGAGAAGCUGCUAGUGGCAUUGUCAAAUCUUGUGAUGGUUUACGCGUUAAGGAGAGUGAAACCAAGAGUACUAGUCCUAGCGUUUCAGCUGUUGUAAGAACGGUCAAGAAGACAAAUCUUGAUGUUAAGCAGGUUUCAAGAAUCAGCGAGAACAAGAGUCCUAAAGAGGAUCUUUCGAAGAAUUUGAAGAACAAAGAGAAGACGAAGAUUGAUGAACUUGUUGGAUGUGAUGAUGUAUUAGAGAAGACAAAUCUUGAUGUUAAGAAGGUUUCAAGGAUCGGUGAGAACAAGAGUUCUAAACAGAAUCUUCUGAAAAACAAAGAGAAGGCGAAGAUCGAUGAACCGGUUAAAUGUGAUGAUGUAUUGGAGAAGACAAGUCUUGAUGCUAAGAAGGUUUCAAGGAUCAGCGAGAACAAGAAUUUGAAAGAGGAACGUUUAAAGAAUCUGAAGAACAAAGAGAAGACGAACAUAGAUGAACCAGUUAUAUCUGAUGAUGCAUUGGAGAAGACAUUGUAUGUUGUUGAGUCUAGUAUUGAGAAGAAAAAGAAGAUGAGCAUCAAAAGUGUUAAGAGUGAGAUUCAGAAAUCUUCUGAGAAGAAAAUCUUAAGAAGCAGCGGAAAGAAAAGUCUUAGCUCAUUACCGUCUUUGUCCACAUCCUCCGAGGUGGUGAAAGAAUCACGGGUUACAAGGUCAGAUCCUAGGCCAAUAAGACAGACUACUUCAAGGUCCAAAACUGGUUUGUCUGAGAAGAAACAGAGUGGUUCUGCAAAUCUUGUUACUAAUCCGAAAACCGAAAGCAAGAUUAGGCCAAAAAGAAUUGGUUUAAAGGUUACUCCACCUCCUCCUGCAAUGAAGCAGCAAAUGAAUUUCAAGAAAGGGAAAGUUCUUGAACCGAAACCAGAAGAUUCCACUACGACAUCGAUCAAAUUCAAGAAGAGAGUUGUUCAAGAACCAAAACUCAGAAGUGAUGUGAACAAAAAGAAGAAGAACCUGAAAGAUAAAAGAGAAGGUGUUGGGAAGAUUAACGGUGAAGGUAAACGAGAGAAAGUUGUUUUGAGACAUAGAAAAGUGGAAGUGAAGAAGAAAUUGCAAACACUUUUCAAUAAUGUGAUUGAAGAGACAGUGAAUAAGCUUGAAGAAGUGAGGAAGAGUAAAGUUAAAGCAUUGGUUGGUGCUUUUGAAACUGUUAUCUCUCUUCAAGAUAACAAUAGAACAUCUCAGAAGAAGAAGAUUAAGAGCAAAUCCACAUCUUCACAAGUCGUUGAAGGCGGCUAGUCCUUGAGCUUAAAAUCCAAGAUUUGAGAAAGAAAGAGAUCAAAGUUGUGAAUUUAAAGUUGUUGAAAUGAGGAAAAAAUGUUUUUUUUUUUGUUCAUGAAGAAUCUUGUAAUGUAAACUUUUCAAAGAAAUAGUACUCUGUUGU